AUGAUUGGUAACAUUUAUAGACCCCCUGAUACUUCCAAGUAUUCGGAUACUGAUUUUAAUGAUAAACUGGAUGAAGUUUUGAAUGCUGUGUCUGAUGAGAAAAAGGAAAUUUUAUUACUUGGUGAUCUAAAUUGCAACUUUCUUCAGUCUGCCUGCAAAAGACAGCUGAAGCAA